AUCACCUGAGAAAACACUCCAAGUUUGCCCAUAGAGCGACUUUUACAACGCUUCAGUGCAGAAGAAGAAAGGCAUCAGUGGGUUUAUUUAAAAGAAUGUGGCAGACUGUAAAAAGUGCAACACAAUACAAUGAAGUGGGUCCUCUUCCACCACAGCCUAACACAAAUUUAGUGGGCCCUCAGCCAGAUCCAUCUGUUCUCAAGCCAGUGGCUCAACAGGUUCCAACCGAUCCUCAAUCAGAUCAAUCCAAACUUAAAUCAAUGGCUCUGCAGGAUCCAGAUGAUCCUCAUCCGGGUCCAUCUGUCCUCAUGCCCACGGCUCUGCAGAAUCCAGUUGUUCCUCGUACAUUGCCACCUUGGCCUGUCCAGAGUGCUUUCAGGCGAAGAAGACGCAUUGGAGAUCCAGUUCCAUACAUCCCUCCAGCUACUCUUCCAUUUGGUGAACUUUAUGAAUGGGGAAGGUUAAUUGGAAAAGGAGGCAAUGGCUCUGUGUAUGAGGGGAUCCGGAAAUCUGAUGGCCAGAAGGUCGCCAUCAAAUUUAUUCCAAAGAGGACAAGUGACAAUAAUAUAAAAAUUCUUGGAUGUUUUGAGCCAGUGUUUGAAGAAGUGGCUAUAAAUCUGGUGAUGAAACAGCCCCCACUAAGUCAGUACAUAGUGUAUAUGCUGGAAUGGUUUGAAGAGGAAGAUGAUUACAUCCUCAUCCUGGAGUAUCCAUGUUCCUGCAAGAGUUUGCGCAGAUUCCUCAAUGACAACAGGCCACGACUAAAUGAAUCACUGGCAUGUGGCCUGAUGAUCCAAGCAGUCCUCGGAGCAAAGCACUGUCUUGACCGGGAGGUCUUCCAUUGCAGCAUCAAAGAAGACAACAUGCUGGUCAAUACAUCGACGAUGGAACUCAAAUUAAUAGACUUUGGUGGCAGUUGCCUCGUCAAUCCUUCUGGCUUUGAAAAUGGACAUUUAGGAGGUUGCCGCCCACCUGAGUACCCAAGUGAAUAUCACGCAGGCCCAGCAACAGUCUGGAGUCUGGGCGCCGUGCUUUACUCAAUGGUCACUGGAAAUAAGCCUUUUAAGACUGCAUUUGACAGAAUGAUAGCCAAUGUGACGAUCGACCACACAUUAUCCAGAGAAUGCCAGGAUUUGAUAAACCGGUGCCUGACUCGUGAUCCUGCAGAGAGAGCAACUUUAGAGGAGAUCUUACAGCAUGAAUGGUUUCAACAGGGACAAAUGGCAGGAGUAGCUCAGGAGUCAGGUAGUGUAACAUAGGGAAGGCAGAAGAGAAAUCCACAAUUAUUUUUAUGAAAAAGCAAGCAGUGCUUUAAUUUUUCUUUACAUUUAUUAAUUUGGAAGAUGCUCCAAAUCAGCCCCAGUGAGGAAAAACAGCACAAACCAUUCAGCACUUCUUCAGAGGGUCAAGUUUAGUUAAACAUUA